GGGAGGAAAGGAGGCGAAAGGAUAAGAAAGGGAGUGGAGCUGGCGUGUACGGUGGCCGAAGAGGGACGCGCGGAGCCGGAGGCUGCAGGAUGAUGCGAUUCAUGCUGCUGUUUAGCCGGCAGGGGAAACUGCGGCUGCAAAAAUGGUACCUGGCCACAUCGGACAAGGAGCGAAAGAAAAUGGUUCGGGAGCUCAUGCAGGUCGUUCUGGCUCGUAAGCCCAAGAUGUGCAGCUUCCUGGAGUGGAGGGAUCUUAAAGUCGUCUAUAAGAGAUAUGCCAGCCUCUACUUCUGCUGCGCCAUCGAGGGCCAAGACAAUGAGCUCAUCACGCUGGAGCUGAUCCACCGAUAUGUGGAGCUCCUGGACAAAUACUUCGGCAGUGUGUGCGAGCUGGACAUCAUCUUCAACUUUGAGAAGGCCUACUUCAUCUUGGAUGAGUUUCUGAUGGGGGGUGAUGUCCAGGACACCUCCAAGAAGAGUGUGCUGAAGGCCAUUGAGCAGGCAGACCUGCUGCAAGAGGAGGAUGAGUCGCCUCGCAGUGUGCUGGAGGAGAUGGGUCUGGCAUAGCCCUCGCCCGGGCCGCGUGGAGAUGUGGGGAGCUGGUGGAGAGGCAGGGCACAGGCGCCUCCUUUUCUUGAUGGGACCCAGCUGCUCCUCUUCUGCUGCCUCACCUUCUUUUGGAGUGAGCUGUGGGCUCAGGACCCUCAAAUGUUCCCUCCCUCCACCUCUAUCUCCUGUUUCCCCUUUCUCCAAUGAAGGUUUUAGGAGCUAGGAGGUAGGCAAAUGUGACCAAAAUGGGGGUGCUAUUUGGCUUUCAUUCCCUGCCUUUGAAGAACUAAUGUUACCCCAGACUUGCUCCCUUCCCUUAAAACUGUAAAUAUAUAAAUAUGUCAGGUUAAAGGGAAAAGGUUUUCAGGGUUCUUCUCUGCUCCCUGCCCCAUAACCUACCUCCACCCUGCCCCAUAGCCAGCCAGGGCAGCCUCUGCCAGGGGCAGGGGCGGGGGGUUCUGUGGAUUUGAGAGGGAAGUCCUUUCCCCUCAUCUGCCCUCCUCCUCCCUCCUCCUUGGCUGCAGUGGGACUCUGUCCAGUGCCAGGGGAGGGACAACAUGGUUAAUUUUUUUCUAACCUUGCCACUUUGAGGGAAGUGAGCUUUGAGGGAAGGGCAGGCUUUAUGGGAAACUGUCCCUCCUUCACUCCGUGUUCUGGGUGAGGCAGGAGCUAAGGGGUGGGGUGUGGGAAGUGGCUGACUUUAUUUCCUUUCCUCUGAAAUAAAAGGAAAAGCAUUUCUGGACUUUGA